AUGCUAUCCUUCCUUUUCUCUAUUUCUGUUGUCGUUGCUCUCGUUCGUGCGGAUGUCGUUCCAACCGCUCCAGGUCCCAACGAUGUAUUCAACGCUAGUUCGCCAUGUCUCAUCAAGUGGAAUGUGGACGCUGAUGGUGAUUGGAAGAACAUGACAAUCAAACUUAUGGCUGGUUCCAAUGACAACAUGCAGCUUGUUGAGACGGUCGCUGUUGGGCUGGAUGGCACUGAUUCAACCGUCACGCCUUUUACAUGGACAUGUCCGUCUGUUACACCUUAUUCCCACAUAUAUUUCUAUGAGUUCACGAAUGGAAACGACGCUGAUGGUUCCAAGUGGACGACGCGUUUUACAAUUGCAUCCCCAUCUGGCGAGACUACACCUCCAGAACAUUCAUCACAGCCCAACGGCGAUAAUAUUCCAUGGGGCACUGGUAGCACGAGCGACACAAGCGAUUCUGACACCAAGACCGGCUCUCACACGUAUGACGACCAGUCGGCAACGGCAACAGCAACAUCGACGCGCAUGCGCAAGCUCAAGGCCAGCGAGACU